AGUGAGUCUUCACUGUUUGUGCUCCGAGAGAGAGAGAGAGAGAUAGAGAAAGACAGAGAAGAAGCAGAAGAAAGCUUUUGGAAGAAAAAAAAAUGAUAACUUCUUCUUCUACUUCUCAGCCGAGGUCAGUGAUAGUGAUGGUUCUUCCUGCUCGGCUCGAAACCGUUUUGGAGAAAGUGUACAGCAAACACAAAUGUCCUCCGAUAAACGACGAGUCAAGGCAGAGACUUUCUUCGAUCCCUGAAGAGUCAGCUUUCGAUUUGCUCAGGAAAGCUUUUAAUUCUCCGGUGAUGAACAACCUCGACCGAUUCAUUGCUUCUAAGCUUGCUUUUACAAGUUUUCCGGCGAAGUCUACUCCUCCUAGUUCCUCUCGAAGCAGAGUUUCUCAAGAAGAGAUAUAUGUUGAUCCUGAAGCUCCUUCUUUGACAAGACAAGUCAAUGGAGGGUCUUCUCCUAACAUUCCUCCUCAGCUCUUAGCUUUGAGUGAACUUGAAUUUAAAAAGGCCUUUCUCUUGCUUUCCUACAUUCCUGGGAAAGAUGUGGGUCAGGUUACAAUAACUGCUGAAGAGAUCAGAGGAUGGAAGGACUUGUCUAUGGUUGCUUAUGAAGCUGCCGUUUGGGACAGUCUGGGGAAGAAAUUUUGUUCCCCAACAGACCGUAGAUUGCCACUUGAAUGUGAUAGUGCCAAGACUCGAUACUAUCAAUGUCAUGUUGCUUCGGAUGGCAGUUACACAUUCAAGGGCCCUCUUCUUGAACCCACUGGAACACACCUGCACAAGGUCUUGGGUGAUGAUAAUGUUUUGACAGUCAAGUUUGCAGAUGUCCCGAAAAACUUCUCAACCGACCGUUACAAUACAUACAGAAGGAUUGCCAAGAAUGGUAUCAUGCUUGGGUUACGUCGUUAUCAGUUUUUUGUUUUCAAGGAUGGUGGAAAAGAAGAGAAGAAGAAAGACUUUUCUACAAAGGGAGUGAAAUGCUACUUCAUACGCACAGACUCCACAUCUGCCAAUGAUAUGGGAACUCCUUACAUCUUUUCUGGGAUGUCAAUUUAUGAAGCUCGCAUGCAUUUUAUGCACGUCCACACAUUGCCAUCUUUGGCCAACUACAUGGCAAGGUUUUCAUUGAUUCUUUCAAAGACCAAGAAGCUUGAAGUUGACCUGACCGGGAUCAACUUCGAGAAAAUCGAUGAUAUACACUGCCAUGAUCAAAACAAUAAUGAUGUUCUGGAUAAGAAUGGGAAACCAUGUAUUCAUUCAGAUGGCACUGGCUACAUCUCUGAGGACCUUGCUCGGAUGUGUCCAGUAAAUGUAUUUAAAGGGAAAUGUCUCAGAAGUGAUAGUGUUCAAACCCCUGUUCAAGAUCCGCCUCUUCUGAUCCAGUUUAGGAUGUUUUACGAUGGCUAUGCUGUUAAGGGAACUUUUCUCUUAAACAAGAAACUUCCUCCUCGGACUGUCCAGGUUCGACCUUCUAUGAUCAAAGUCUCUAAAGAUCCAGCUUUGUCAAAUUUUAGCACUUUUGAUUCCCUAGAGGUUGUCACUACAAGUAAUCCACCUAAAAGAACAAAGUUGUCAAGAAACUUGGUUGCGCUGCUUAGCUAUGGAGGAAUCCCUGAUGAAUUCUUUCUGGAUACAUUGCUCAACACCCUGGAAGAGACGAAAACAAUCUUCAACAACAAACGAGCUGCUCUUAAAGCUGCCCUUCAUUAUGGAGAUAUGGAUGAUCAGAACGCUGCGCAAAUGAUAUUGGUUGGUAUCCCACUUGAUGAACCACACUUGCAGGAUCAGCUGUUUACUUUUUCAAAAACAGAGAGGAAAGAUCUCAAAGCAGGAAAGCUUCCUGUGAGUGAAUCAUACUAUCUCAUGGGUACAGUUGAUCCCACUGGACUGCUCAAGGAAGAUGAAGUCUGUGUCAUCCUUGAGUCUGGCCAAAUUUCAGGGGAUGUGCUAGUUUACAGGAAUCCUGGAUUACAUUUUGGAGACAUACAUGUACUAAAGGCGACAUAUGUUAAGGCCUUGGAGGAGUAUGUCGGAAACUCAAAGUAUGGUGUGUUCUUCCCUCAGAAAGGUCCAAGAUCUUUGGGUGAUGAGAUUGCAGGUGGUGACUUUGAUGGCGAUUUGUAUUUCAUCUCCAGAAAUCCAGAGCUACUUGAACACUUCAGACCAAGUGAACCGUGGGUGAGUUUGACUCCUCCUACUAAAGGUAACUCUGCUAGAAAGCCAAGCCAUCUUUCACCACAAGAGCUGGAGGAAGAGCUUUUCGAUAUGUUCUUGAAGGCAAGAUUUCAUGCUAGCAAUGUAGUAGGGAUAGCUGCUGAUAGCUGGUUAACUAUAAUGGACCGCUUCCUCAUACUAGGAGAUGAGAACGCUGAGGAAAAAGCGGAAAUGAAGAAGAAAAUGUUGAAGCUGACUGAUAUAUACUAUGAUGCUCUUGAUGCACCCAAGAAAGGUGCUAAGGUCUAUCUUUCUGACGAGCUGAAGCCUGACAUAUUCCCACAUUACAUGGAGCGUGAUCAGAAGUUCAAGUCCACUUCUAUUCUUGGAAUGAUCUAUGACUUUUUUAAAUCACAGACAGCAGAUGAACACAGACCAUCAUCUGAGAUCAGUAAACUCUCGUGUUUCAAAGAUGAGCCGGUUUCUGAUUUUUACAAGGAGAAAUGGGGACAGUUGUAUAAAAACUACUUAAAGGAGAUGUCCCAGGCCUUGAGGGACAAAGAUGAAUCAGCCAGUGAAGUUAUUCAGAGACACAAGCAGGAGAAAGAUGAAUCAGCCAGUGAAGUGAUUCAGAGAUACAAGCAGGAGUUAUAUGGUGCUGCAGGGUUUGAAGAUAGCAAGAAAACUCUGGAAGAACUUUAUCCGCAAGCCUUGGCACUUUACAACAUCGCUUACGACCAUGCAAUCGAAAAGAAAAAGAUUGGGGGCUGUGGGUUUGCGUGGAAGGUUGCAGGACCGGUGCUGUGCAGGUUCUACCUGGAGAAAACGCAGGUGAAAUCCUUCGUAUCUUCACCCGCUGUGGUUAAAGAGCUUUGGGGAUGAACACAAAGCAUUUGUUGUUCUGCCUUCCUCUUCUUGUAGUAUAAAUAAGCCCUCUUUUGUUGUGAUUAUCAUAUAGUGUGAGUCAAGUAUCUUAUCUUAGUAAAAGCCUAAGCUAUCCGUUCAAGAUUAUGGUGUAGUUCCUUUUGUUUUUAGUUCUAAAUCCACCCUUAUCCUCUAAUGUAUGAUACUUUCUUUCAUGUGUAUAUUUGCUUAUGAAAUGUUCUUGUAAGAAAAUUAUGUUAAAUAUUGAACCUCUAAUUACAACUA